AUGCGUCCCAAGCUACCAUUCAAAAAGCCUCGGAGUCGUGCGAAAGCAGGACCGGCGUUUGUAUUCGUGGAUCAUGCCGACAGCCUCUCGCCGGGGACUAGCGACAAAGAUGCCAGGGCGAUGAUCCGACGGCAGGCGGCGCGCUCGGGGUGCAAGCGCCGUCGGGACGAGUAUGUGAAUCAGGAGAAUAUCGAUCCUCAACCAGGGCUUGACGCGGUUGUUGCAACACCAAACGAACCUUCACACGAAAGCAACGACACAUGGAGCUGGGAUAUACUGUGUGAGGCGUCGAAUCCUAGCCCUCAGCCUCAGCCUUCGUACAAUGGAUACGAGACCCUCCGAGUGAAGUACAAUUUCGACAUCACCGAUCUCACCAGUUUCACCGACGUAGACCUAGGCCGCAUAGCUUAUCUGUCGCUGCGAGAUCAGCCCACUCGCCUCGUUAGUCUCCUGCAGAAACGAUCGUCUUCGUUCCUGGCUUUCCUACCCAGUCGAUACGGGUCCAGUGCUUAUCUGGAUGAUGCUAUGCAUUGCGUUGCUGCAAGGGCUGGUCAGAUGCUCGGCUUUCCGGUUAGAGCUUCGACUCUCUCCAUGCUCUACGUCAAGGCCCUGCGCAGCUUACAACAUGCAAUCUUGGAUCGAACAGAAUGUCUAGGACCCGACGUUUACUGCGCAACUCGCUUGCUAGCCCUCUACGAGGUAAGUCACAUCUAUUCGUUCUGA